GUAGUUGGCAGCAGGACCUGUCAGCCGGCGUGGUCACGUGACCAUUCCUUCCGUCAGGCCAAAGUUGACAACAUGGCUGCGUCUCAUCCAACACAAGUGUGCCGAGGCAUCGUUAAACAGGUGCUGUCUGGUGAUGCUGUCAUUGUCCGUGGGCAGCCCAAAGGAGGACCACCUCCUGAGAGGCAAAUUAACUUCUCAAAUGUCAUUGCUCCACGUCAAGCAAGAAGAGCAACAGCCAAUGCACCAGAGACAGUGGAUGAGCCGUAUGCCUGGGAGAGUAGAGAGUUCUUGCGGAAAAAGGUAAUCGGGAAAGAAGUUCUCUUUACUGUUGAAACCAAAACUUCAACUGGCCGAGAAUAUGGAGCAAUCUAUGUUGGCAAGGACAUUUCCUCGGCAGAGAACAUCACUGAGACCAUGGUGUCAGAAGGCUCGAUAGAUCUAUUACACAAGAUAAUCAAGUAUUCUGAUGAAAUAGUUAAAGAAAUACCUGAUUUGACUUGUGGGACUUUAUUUGAACAGGGAAGGUGGGCAGGUGGUGAUGCUCAGCAUGUUCGGAAUAUCAAGUGGACUUGUGACAACAUGCGUUCCUUUGUGGACAAGGCAAGAGGAAAGCCAAUUGAUGCUGUGAUUGAGCAUGUCCGUGAUGGAUCUACUGUGCGGUGCUUGCUUCUUCCUGAUUUCAAUUACAUCACGCUCAUGAUUUCUGGAAUCAGAUGUCCAAUGAACAAAUUGGAUUCUGAAGGUAAACCAGACAAGACCAGCAGUGAACCAUUUGCUGAUGAAGCUCGCUAUUACACUGAAUCCAGACUUUUGCAGCGUGACGUCCAAGUUAUUUUAGAGACCUUCAACAACAACAACUUUGUUGGAUCCAUCAUUCAUCCUAAUGGAAAUAUUGCAGAAGCUCUUUUGCGAGAAGGAUUUGCCCGAUGUGUGGACUGGUCCAUAGCCUCAGUCACUGGAGGCCCUGAGAAGUUACGUGCUGCAGAGAAGCUGGCGAAGGAAAAGAAACUUCGUCUGUGGACUGACUAUAAGCCCUCUGGUCCCAAGAUUGCUGACAAAGACAGGGAAUUCACUGGCAAGGUCAUAGAAGUCGUAAAUGGUGAUGCUUUGGUGGUUAAGCGUCAGGACGGCUCCACCAAGAAGAUCUUCCUUGCAAGCAUAAGACCACCCAGGCUACCAGAAUCUGAGGGUCCUCGUGCUCCGGGCAAGAACUUCCGUCCUCUUUAUGACAUUCCAUGGCUGUUUGAGACCCGAGAAUUCUUGCGCAAGAAGCUUAUUGGCCAGAAGGUCCAAAUCACGGUUGAUUUUAUCCAGCCAGCACAGAAUAAUUACCCUGAGAAGACUUGCUGCACUGUCAAGAUUGGAGAUAUCAAUGUGGCAGAAGCAAUGGUAAGCAAGGGCCUUGCUACAGUGGUCAGGUAUAGACAAGAUGAUGACCAGCGUGCAAGCUGCUAUGACGACUUGUUGUCAGCUGAAGCCAAGGCUAUCAAAACGAACAAGGGACUACAUAACAAGAAGGAAACCCCAAUCCACAGAAUUGCAGACAUAUCAGGGGACGUGAGCAAGGCAAAGAGUUUCCUGCCCUUCCUUCAGCGUGCUGGCCGCACUGAAGCAGUUGUGGAAUUUGUUGCUUCAGGAUCUCGCUUCCGACUCUUCAUCCCACGAGAAACUUGUCUGAUUACAUUCCUUCUUGCGGGAAUCAGCUGUCCCAGAGGGUCAAGACCUGCCCCUGGAGGAGGCACCCUCCCUGGUGAACCUUUUGGGGAAGAAGCACUCAACCUCAGCAAAAGCCUAAUUAUGCAACGGGAAGUUGAGAUUGAGGUGGAUUCCAUGGACAAAGGAGGAAACUAUAUUGGUUGGCUGCAUGUUGACAAGAAGAACCUCUCUGUACAUUUGGUGGAAGAGGGCUUGAGUUCUGUCCAUGUUACAGCAGAGUCCUCCAAGUUCUACCAUGUUCUCAGUUCUGCUCAGACAGCUGCUAAGCAAAAGAAGUUAAACAUUUGGGCCAACUAUGUUGAAGAGGAGAAAGAAGAAAAGGUUGAAGAAUUGCAGCACGACAGAGUUCUCGAUUAUAAACCUGUAAUGAUCACUGAGGUAUCCCGUGAUGGCACACUGUUUGCACAGUAUUGCUCUGAUGGGCCAGCAUUGGAACAGCUGAUGGAAAAACUCCGGCAAGAGUUCACCAAGAACCCUCCCUUGGCUGGUGCAUACACACCUAAGCGAAAUAUUUAUGUAUCUGAUCAUCUACAGAUUGCUGACAAAGACAGGGAAUUCACUGGCAAGGUCAUAGAAGUCGUAAAUGGUGAUGCUUUGGUGGUUAAGCGUCAGGACGGCUCCACCAAGAAGAUCUUCCUUGCAAGCAUAAGACCACCCAGGCUACCAGAAUCUGAGGGUCCUCGUGCUCCGGGCAAGAACUUCCGUCCUCUUUAUGACAUUCCAUGGCUGUUUGAGACCCGAGAAUUCUUGCGCAAGAAGCUUAUUGGCCAGAAGGUCCAAAUCACGGUUGAUUUUAUCCAGCCAGCACAGAAUAAUUACCCUGAGAAGACUUGCUGCACUGUCAAGAUUGGAGAUAUCAAUGUGGCAGAAGCAAUGGUAAGCAAGGGCCUUGCUACAGUGGUCAGGUAUAGACAAGAUGAUGACCAGCGUGCAAGCUGCUAUGACGACUUGUUGUCAGCUGAAGCCAAGGCUAUCAAAACGAACAAGGGACUACAUAACAAGAAGGAAACCCCAAUCCACAGAAUUGCAGACAUAUCAGGGGACGUGAGCAAGGCAAAGAGUUUCCUGCCCUUCCUUCAGCGUGCUGGCCGCACUGAAGCAGUUGUGGAAUUUGUUGCUUCAGGAUCUCGCUUCCGACUCUUCAUCCCACGAGAAACUUGUCUGAUUACAUUCCUUCUUGCGGGAAUCAGCUGUCCCAGAGGGUCAAGACCUGCCCCUGGAGGAGGCACCCUCCCUGGUGAACCUUUUGGGGAAGAAGCACUCAACCUCAGCAAAAGCCUAAUUAUGCAACGGGAAGUUGAGAUUGAGGUGGAUUCCAUGGACAAAGGAGGAAACUAUAUUGGUUGGCUGCAUGUUGACAAGAAGAACCUCUCUGUACAUUUGGUGGAAGAGGGCUUGAGUUCUGUCCAUGUUACAGCAGAGUCCUCCAAGUUCUACCAUGUUCUCAGUUCUGCUCAGACAGCUGCUAAGCAAAAGAAGUUAAACAUUUGGGCCAACUAUGUUGAAGAGGAGAAAGAAGAAAAGGUUGAAGAAUUGCAGCACGACAGAGUUCUCGAUUAUAAACCUGUAAUGAUCACUGAGGUAUCCCGUGAUGGCACACUGUUUGCACAGUAUUGCUCUGAUGGGCCAGCAUUGGAACAGCUGAUGGAAAAACUCCGGCAAGAGUUCACCAAGAACCCUCCCUUGGCUGGUGCAUACACACCUAAGCGAAAUGAGCUGUGUGCAGCCCAGUUCAUUGAUGGAUCUUGGUAUCGUGCAAAGGUAGAGAAGGUUGCUGCCGGCAAAGUCAGUGUUAGAUAUAUUGACUAUGGCAACAGAGAAGACACCCAGUCUGUCAAGUGUGCAGCUCUCCCCAUGGGCUUCCACUCUGCCCCAGGCUAUGCUCAUGAAUUCCAUCUGGCACUUGUGAAAUUCUGCAAAGAUGAAGAUUUUCUUGAAGAUGCAUUGGCAGCUUUCAUGAAUGAAGUGAUGGAUCGUGAGGUAUUAAUUAAUCGCGAGUAUCGUCUUUCUGGUGCUGAAUACGUUUCUAUCCAACGAUCAGACACAAAAGUAGAUGUUGCAAAGACGCUCAUUUCCCAAGGCCUGUUGAUGUUGGAUGAGCGGAAAGACAAACGGCUGCAGUCUGUGGUGAGUGAAUACCGUACAGCCCAAGAAGAAGCCAAGAGGAAGCACUUGAACAUCUGGCAGUAUGGUGACAUCACUGAUGAUGAUGCCCAUGAAUUUGGCAUGGAACGAUAAAGAGGUGGAAAGGAAAGGAGAGAAAGAAAUCUUAAAUGGCAACAGCUAUAGGUUACUCCGUAAGGAAAAUAUAUUAAUGUGAUAAGUGUUAAGACUUUCUCUGGUUUUGAUAUUAGGAUUUAAUUUAAAACUGAAUUGUAAGGAAACACAAAUUAAAACUGGCAUCCAAGCUGUAUUUACAUUUUCCAAGUGAACCUCAGUAACUCUUUUAUGAAGUGCACUGUUGCUGUACAAACUAUCAUCUUUUUGUGGAUUAACUGAUAUUUUAAUUCAAAAUACAUGAUAAGAAUUAGUGAAAGGGUCUGUGGAGUGGAAAGACGUGCUUGCCAUCAUCUGAGGAGUCUAUUAAACAUUGCCAGCAAUUUGUGUCAGUGUAAAUCCCCUCCGUGGCUUAAUUUUCUAUGGCUGUCUGGCCUUUUUUUAUGUGAGGUAUCAGUUUCAUUUCCCAAAGGUGUGUGUAAUAGUCGUAGCUUUCUAAGUUUGGUUGGUGUCUCCUCGACCUUAGACCCCCUAAACUCUGGUACUGAAAGAAUCGGCUGAAGAUAUAUAUAUAUUGAAAGUGCUAUCAAGUUUUUUUAAAAUCUCAUAUUCCAUUACAUGUUGCAUAUAAAGGUUGUUCUUAAGAAAAGCCGAUCUUUUUCUUUCUUUUAUCAAGUGGUCUCUUAUACCAUUUGAGAAAUUUCGUUCAUGUUGAAGUAUUGUUUUGAAGUUAUAUUUUGUAUUUUUAUUUAUUUAUUUUUGUUGUUGAAGUAUGCAUUGCUGAUGCAAUUUAUAUAAUCUAGGUACAUCAAAAUGAAAAGACUUCUGUACAGAAGUAGUAGUUUCAUUACACAAAUGUCUCAAAUUGUGACUUGAAAAGUUGUAAUUAAUAUAUUUGCAAGAGAUUAUAUGCCAAUUAAUGGGUACCAAUAUGCUUCUACUUUUGAAGAUGUGUAUAUAUAAAAGCUAUAACUAGAAUUACAUCAAUUGACAAUUACUGUUGUCUACAAAUUUUUGUCUAUGUCCAGUGACUUCUACACCACUUUUAUAUGAUUCUGAAGUUUAUUUUUUGAAAUUGUUAUUCAAAUCCAGUUGUUUUAAGGUUAGAAGGAAGGGACACCAUGGGUGACUUAAGAACCAAUAUAAAUGUCUUGUAAUGUA